UCCUUCUUAUCGCCCCCCUUUAGAUACUGAAAGGCUCAUGGCGCAGGCAGGGCUGUGCUGGGAAGCAGCAGGUGGGUUUAUUUCCAUCCACCUCUCGGCUGGUGCCGUUCCCUCCGAGGCCGUGGCCGGCGGCAUGACGAGCGCUGCGCUCUGCCAGCUGGCAGCAGGGGAUGGAGCGGGCGGCAGCAGCGCAGCGCGGCCCCGUCUGCGGCCAACCCGCCCGGGCCGAUGCCCUGCCCAGAGUGCUGCCGCGGUGCUGCCGGAGGAGUGGAGGCAGCGAGUGGAGCCUACAGGUCCCCGCCAGCCGGCCACACACCCGUCACCCAGGCACAUGCCCAGGAGCAAUGGUGAGGAUGGCAUGGGUCUCAGCUUGUCAGAGGUGAAAGCUAGAGCUGCCAGGUCCCACACGAGCACGGCUGCAUGAGAUCCCACGCUCGCCCAGCUCCUGUGGCCCCCAACACCUGAUGAUACAGCAAGCCAUGGGCAGCGUCCGCGUCAACCGGUACAGCAUUGUCUCGACGGAGGAGGAUGGACACAAGGUCUCUGCGCUGGGCAGCAUGAAUGGGCACAGCCGGAACGGGAAGGGCCACACACCCCGGCGGAAGCACCGCAACCGCUUUGUGAAGAAGAACGGCCAGUGCAAUGUCUACUUUGCCAACCUGAGCAACAAGUCUCAGCGCUACAUGGCCGACAUCUUCACCACCUGUGUGGACACGCGCUGGCGGUACAUGCUGAUGAUCUUCUCCGCCGCCUUCCUGGUCUCUUGGCUCUUCUUUGGUUUCCUCUUCUGGUGCAUUGCUUUCUUCCACGGUGACCUCAACGCACCGGUGGUGGGGGGCAGUCCCUCUCUCCUCAAGCCUUGCAUCAUGCACGUGAACAGCUUUCUAGGGGCUUUCCUCUUCUCAGUGGAGACGCAGACAACCAUUGGGUAUGGCUUCCGCUGUGUGACUGAGGAGUGUCCACUGGCCAUCAUGGCUGUUGUGGUCCAGUCCAUUGUGGGCUGUGUUAUUGACUCCUUCAUGAUUGGCACCAUCAUGGCCAAGAUGGCGAGGCCCAAGAAGCGGGCCCAGACCCUCCUCUUCAGUCACCACGCGGUCAUCUCGGUGCGGGAUGGCAAACUGUGCCUCAUGUGGCGAGUGGGGAACCUGAGGAGGAGCCACAUCGUGGAGGCCCACGUUCGUGCCCAGCUCAUCAAACCCUACAUGACAGAGGAAGGGGAGUACCUCCCCCUGGACCAGCGGGACCUCAAUGUAGGCUAUGAUGUUGGUCUCGAUCGUAUAUUUUUGGUCUCGCCCAUUAUUAUUGUUCAUGAGAUUGAUGAGGAGAGCCCGCUCUAUGGGAUUGGUAAGGAGGAGCUGGAGACAGAGAACUUUGAGAUCGUUGUUAUUCUGGAAGGGAUGGUGGAAGCCACGGCCAUGACCACACAGGCACGGAGCUCUUACCUCGCCAGUGAAAUCCUCUGGGGUCACCGCUUUGAACCAGUAGUGUUUGAGGAGAAGAACCACUACAAAGUGGAUUAUUCCCGCUUUCACAAGACCUAUGAGGUAGCUGGCACACCCUGCUGCUCAGCUCGGGAGCUGCAAGAAAGCAAGAUGACUAUCCUACCUUCUCCCCCACCUCCCAGUGCCUUCUGCUAUGAGAAUGAGCUGGCUCUUGUCAGUCAAGAUGAAGAUGAAGAUGAUGACGAAGUGGGUGUAGCGUUAGGUGGCAGCACCAAGGAAGAGGGAGGCGUCAUCCAGAUGAUGGAUUUUGGAAGCCACCUGGACCUGGAGCGGCUCCAGGCCACUUUGCCCUUGGAUACCAUCUCAUACCGCAGGGAGUCAGCCAUCUAAUCCCUCCAGCCUCCCCGCUCUACGCCCAUUACCCACCCCCUCCUCCUCCUCUGUUCUGCACCCAUACGUAGCUGGACAAGUCCCUUGCCCACCAAAAAAUGCCUCCUGUGACCACCUCUCAGCACCUGAGUACAUCGAGGCCUGGAGUUACUCUGAUAUAUUCCCUUUCCCAUGAAGUUGUACCCCUGGAUGAGGAGCGAGAAUACACCAUUCUUCCAGACAGCGCAGCUUGCUCGAGGACCUGCCCAGGGACAAGAAAGAAGCAUUGUUGGAUUCCCACUUCUGGGGAGGUGACAGGAGCCUGUGCCCUCAAUGGAGAGACUGUACCUGCUCAAGUGUUUCUGCAGCUGAGACAACAGCACUUUCUGUCUCUCUCAACAUGUGCAGACCCACGGCUAUCAAUAGCCAUGGCUCUCACAAAGAGAGGAGUGACGCAUAAGUCCUGACCCAAUGAGAAGGGACAGGGGAGUUUAAGACUCCUAGAGGGACUGGGAGAGUCUCUGGAGAUAGGGGUUUGCUUGCAUGUUUAUUGCUUGUUGCACUUGACUUUCUUUGUAUAUAAAAAGAUCGAGACCUGAAAUCCAUAUUCUUCCACUGUAAAUGCCAAGCUGGGAGAGAAGGACGCUGCACGUAGCCCGCUCUGCACUCUCCUUGUGGCACCCAUCACCUCCAGCAGCAGCUCAGCCCCACAGACUCAGCCCUGGUUCCUCCACUCCUCCCCAGACCACGUUCUGCUUCUUUCUUGGAGCGCCUGGCAGCAGGCAGGGCCCUGUGCUCACACACCUGGCCAGGGCUGGAAGGCAGUGACCUGAUGGGACAGCAGGCCCCUCAUUUGCUCCUUCCACCUCCUCCAGUCUUCUCCCUGCUGCCAUCAGCUGUAAAACGGAAUUUGUAUCUAUUUAUUUUUAAUAAAGUCUAAUAUCCCAGGGGGAGGUUUGGAAACAAAGGAGACCCCGAGGCUGCAGCCUGGUACAGAGACUGAUGAGUGUUAUUAGUGCUGGUGUUUGCUGUUUGUAUGGGUUUGAUGCCUGGAGGCUUCACCUUUGGUACUUCAGAGCCAGAGCUAGACUUAACACCACUUCUCUGUUGUUUCACAGAAGACAGCAAAACUCUGUGAGUCUUUAUUAAGAGCGUUAGAAUCACUCACUCAAAACUAGAUAACAUGAGGAUGGGAAAAUAAUUGGGUAGCUCAAAAGGCUGCUCUGCACACCUGGCAGAUGUGCUGUUGGGGAAAUGGUUGAAGAAAUAAUGUUCCAUCUAAUCCCUGAUCUACAGAGCAGAAAGCUAACAUCUUGGUAACAGGUUGGGCUUAGUACAAGGAGCAAUAAGAAGAGGGGAAGAAGCAAAAGAGGAGGGAAAGAGACAGAAGGAGUGAGGGAGGAGCAGGAACCACAGGCAGGGAAAAAGUGAAGGGGAAGGCGAAGGGAAAGGGACAAAGAAAGAAAGGGAAGGGAAGGGAAAAGGAGAAAAAUGAAUAAUUUGGUAAUGUGGGAGAGUAUUUGGGAGGUAACAGGGAUAGUAUAACAAGAUUGGUAAGGACACAGACAUGGCUACCUCAAGAGGAACACCUUCUGGUCACCUUUUGGCUUUUCUCACCUAUGACUUGAUAUGCAGCCAUGUUUUUCUACAUGUGUCUGUGUCCCACCUCCUCUCCCCGCUGCUGAUUAAAAACGUCCCUCCUCCUCCCUCCCGCUAUUAUUUAUUUAUUUUCCCCCAGAGGGAAUAAACAGAGGCCAGUAUUGACCUAGCUUUCAAUAUAGCUUUCAGAGCUGGGUGCCUGUCGCUGGUCAUAGCAGUGGAAACAAACUAAUGGACCGAGAGGGAAGGACUCUGCAUGUGAGGACACAGGCACCCAGAACACAGACUGAGCUAGUGGCCCCAAAGAAGGGAGCGUGGCUGGGCACCCCUCACCAAG